CACAUUUUGCGAUAACCCAACUACGACUAUAUACCCCUUGUUUGUCUCCGAAUAUCUCGCCUCAGCGGUAAAAUCUUGCGCAAAAGCUCACAUCCACCCAGUUUUGAAAUCGCUCUCGAACACACAACCGCCAAAAUGUCCAACCUCGAGGAUAUCGCUAAGCAGUUUGUCAAUGGCUUCUUCACGGGAAUGAGCUCCAACAUCCAGGGCCUCGCCGCGGUCUACAACGCCGAGUCCGUCCUCACUUUCGAGUCCCAGAAGUUUGAGGGUGUCCAGGCUAUCCUGGAGAAGUUGACUAGCCUCCCCUUCAAGAUGAGCGGCCACCAGCUCUCCACUCUCGAUGCCCAGCUCGCCUCUGGCGAUCUCCUUAUCCUCAUCACCGGAAAGCUCAAGAUCGACGAGGAUGAGAACCUGAUAAACUUUGUCCAGAACUUCAAGGUCAGCGUUUCCCAGGGCCCUGGCGGCGAAAUCACUGGUUUCACCGUCAAGAACGACAUCUUCAAGCUGGUUUACUAGGCUAUGAAUUUGGCGAAGGAAAAUGAUACUUGGAAACCGGGAGGGAGUAAUAUUCGGCUUGGUGAUAUAGGCGCCCCAUGCGAUCAAGAUAAGGAAGCAGGCCCGGGAGGGGGAGCAGAUAAAUGGCUAGAGAUGUGUUGUGCAUUCUCAUGUCUACGAGUCAUCAACUCUUUAGACAGAUUUCUUCCCAAAAAAACUCAUAAGCUUUCAGGC